ACACAUAUCGCUAUCUUAAUUCUUCCAUUCAUUGAUACUUUAAAAGAGUAUUUCAUUUUAAAGUCAUGGAUACCUUACGUUGGUUUCCUUUUCUUUCUUCUAUAAAGCGCCGCUGUUCUUGUUAGAAUUAUACGGUAAAGAUAUUCACAUUAUAAAAAAUGCAGUUUUCCAGCACCAGGGAUAGAGGCAUCUGCAGCUGGGGUCUCCAGUGGUGGGUGAAGCAGGUUUCAGUCAAGUGAGGCGUGUCAUUCGGACCGAUGGGAGGAGAAUGAGGAGUAGAGUUUCAAGGGCGGAAAGACCACCAGAGCUGCCGAGGAAGCCACAAUUUGCGAACCGUUGGACAGAUGGUUAAACGUGCCUUCUCUUUGGAUCUAUAACUCGGAAUUACCUCCAUUACAAGAAAACAUUCGAAACGCGCAAACAAGACGGAAUUCUGUGUAAGCAGUGGAGACCACAAUUAUGUUCACCUGGAGGGAAAGAUGCACGCUGAUGCAGCCUAUACGGUUUAUUCUGAUGUGCCAGAGACUCUUCACUAAAGAUUGUCACCAGGGAAUGUGAGUCACUGUUCUUGGAGAAGUGGAAACUGUGCUCACCAUGUCUAUAGCACUACCUUCAAAAUAUAAUCCCUACAUUGAACUCCACUACAACUAUACAGGAAACCUCAAGGGAAGGGAGAAAGACAUUGACAACUUGGAUCCUACAAGUGUAGCCUUUCUCAUAUUAUGUGGUUUCAUAGAGCUGGAAAACCUAAUGGUGCUGGUUGCCAUAUGGAAAAAUCACAGAUUCCAUAACCGAAUGUAUUUCUUCAUUGGGAACUUAGCCCUUUGUGACUUGUUGGCUGGCAUGGCUUAUCUAGUCAACAUUCUCAUGUCAGGUCCCAAGACCAUGACCUUAUCUGUAACUAUGUGGUUUGUUAGGGAAGGCAGCAUGUUUGUGGCAUUGGGCGCUUCCACCUUCAGCUUGCUGGCGAUUGCCAUCGAAAGACACAUGACUAUGAUUAAAAUGAGGCCUUAUGAUGCCAAUAAGAAGUACAGAGUGUUUCUCCUGAUUGGUACUUGCUGGCUUAUCUCGAUUUUACUGGGGGCACUACCAAUUCUUGGAUGGAACUGUAUUAAUAAGCUUGAGGAGUGCUCCACUCUGCUGCCUCUUUACUCAAAGAAGUAUGUGGCCUUCUGCAUCAUUGUUUUUAUGGCAAUCCUUCUAGCCAUUGUUAUAUUGUACGCACGCAUCUAUGCACUCGUCAAGUCCAGCGGCCGAAAGGUAACCAAACACAAUAAUUCUGAGCGGUCAAUGGCUCUGCUGCGAACGGUGGUCAUUGUGGUGGGAGUCUUCAUCGCUUUCUGGUCACCACUUUUCAUUCUGUUCCUCAUAGAUGUGGCCUGCAAGACCAAAGAGUGUAGCAUAUUGUACAAGAAGCACUGGUUUAUUGCCCUGGCUGUGGUGAAUUCUGCCAUGAAUCCAUUGAUUUAUACUCUGGCCAGCAAGGAAAUGCGUAGGGCCUUCUUUCGCAUCAUAUGUGGUUGUCUCAUGAAGACAAAAGCUGGCAAAGCUCUUCCACUCAGCCCAACUCCUGAUAACAGCCGGAGUAAGUCUAGCAGCACUCAGUCCCAGAAGCAGAAAGAAGGAGACUUUGUUCCAGUUGUGGUGACGACUAAAAACUCAGAGCCAUCUCAUCAUACUGGUGAAUGUUGACCCCUGGGAUAAGAAUGUCCGAUAUGUGCACUUAUUUCAAGCCCUUCCUCCUAACCCUUAGUUUAUUUAUUGCAUUUAACCUGUUUAGUGACUUGCUUGCAUUCGACUGCAAGUAUUAUUUUUCUUUGUGUACUGAAAAUGUUAAUUUUUUUAUAAUAUUAUUAUUAAUAGCUUUGCUCUAAUGAGCCCACAUAAACCUCAUUUUAGAUACUUUUAAUGGUAUGUGCCAUACAGUAGCUAGAAAAGUAUGUCAACCCUUUGGAAUUACCUGAUUUUCCUGAUUAAUUGAUCAUAAAAUGUGAUCUGAUCUUCAUCUAAGUCACAAGUAUAGACAAACACAAUGUGCUCAAGCCAAUAACACACAAACGAUUAUAAUCUUUCAUUUCUUUAUUGAACACUCCCAUCAGCCAUUCACUGUGAGCUGUGGAAAAAGUAAGUGAACCUUUGGAUUUAAAAACUGGACAAACCUCCUUUGGCAACAAUAACCUCUAAUAAGCACUUCCAGAUGAGACCUGUGCAACGUUUCAGAGGGAAUUUUGGACCAUUCCCUGUUACAGAACAGCCUCGUCUCAGUCAUAUUCUGAGGAUGUCUGGUCUGAAUGGCUCUCUUGAGGUCAGCAUCUCAGUUGGGUUAAGGUCUGGGCUUUGAUUGAGCUAUUUGAAAUAGACUGAAUUUCUCUUUUUGAAGCGAUUCUGUUGUACACUUACUUUGAUGUUUAAGGUCAUUGUUCUGCUGCAUCAUCCAACUUCUACUUAGCUUCAGCUUCCAGAGAGCCAACCUGAUAUCAUCCUGUUGGACAGUCAUUCCCAACCUUUAUCGCUUCAGGACCCAGUUUUGCCCUGUGGUGGGGUGGCACCCUACCCAGGGUCUGUUUCCUGCCGUGCACCCUGUGUUGGCUGGGAUUGGCUCCAGCAGACCCCCGUGACCCUGCAGUUAGGAUAUAGCGGGUUGGAUAAUGGAUGGAUGGAUGGGUGGAUGGACCCAGUUUUAUCUAUGAAAGUUCACUAACCACCCACAUAUAGAUAUCAAAAAGCACUCCCCUUGGUGUAGCGAGCAUGAUUAAAGGGCAGGGGAUUGGGGGUGACGGGUUCCCUUGGUGAAACGAGUGUGAUUAGAAAUGGAAAUAGAUAAUGCACAGCGCCGUCAAUCACUUGUAAAGACACGUGUGUGUGUGUGUGUAUGUUGGUGGUUGUGUUAUACCAUGUGCAAGUCACUAGCUGAUACGGCAUUUUAAAUCUCACAUGCAACUAGUGACCUACCGAUGGCAAUCAGCUAAAAGUGGGUCACAAUCCAGUGGGUGAGGAACACCGCUGUAGGAUAAUUUAAUAAACUUUGGAAUUCAUUUUCUUCUAACUGAGCUGUCCAGGCCCCAAGGCAGUAAGGUAGACCAAAAUCAUGUUGCUCUCUCCAUCGUAGUUCACCAUUUGGAUGAUGUUUUCAAGUUGGUAGGCGGUGCCCUUUUGUACGCCACAGGUACUGUUGCAUGUUCCUCCUGAACAAUUCAAUCUUAGUGUCAGCAGUUCACAACAUAUUUUCCCAAUGGCAUUGUGGAGUGUCAGAAUGGUCUUUGGCAAACAUCAAGCACGCAGUGAUGUUGUGUGGGGCUUUCUCCUUUUGUGUCCUGCCAUAGACACCAUGCUUGUUCAAUAUUUGGUACACUAAUGAGGUCCUGCGAUUCCUUCAAGCUUUUAGCUGUUACUCUAGGGGGCUUUUUAUUAUCUCUUUGAGCAUUCCAAGUUGUGCCUUUCAGGUCAUCUUGGUUGAUGACUCCACUUCUUGGGAGAGGAGCCACAGGACUCCAUUAACAUACAGUUUGUCUACCUGUGGACUGAUGAAUAGCGUAACUCUUUGAGAUUACUUUGUAAUUCUUUCCAGCUUUAUGCAGAUCAACAGUUCUUGAUCACAUAUCUUCUGAUAUCUCUUUUUUGUGUGACAUGCUUCACAUCAGCUGUCAGUUUUUGUGAACAUCAAACUCAAAUGUUCGAGUCUUUUUUUAUUGGCCAAAGCAUCUCUAAACCACCCCUCCAAACUCAUUUCAUUGGUUGGACUCCAGGUUUGCUAACUCCUAUUAUAUUAUCUCUUGUUGAAGUCAUUAGCGUAUGCGUUCACAUACUUUUUCCAACUUACACUGUGAAAGUCUGAAUAAAGUAUUCAAUAUGCACAAAAUAUACUCGUACAAUAAUUUGUGUGUUAUUAGAUAAAAAAAGAAUAUUGCAACGUAGAUGAAGGUCAGGCCAUAUUUUAAGACACAUUUAUACAUAAAUAUGGUUAUUUCCAAAGAGUUCACAUACAUUUUCUUCCCACUGUAUGCCACUUGAAGUGUAUAUGCAUUGUGACAGAUGUGGUACUGAAAUGGAUCAUCUUUUUUUAAAUGUAAGAGUAUUAUUUCUGUAAUAUGUGCAACUGAUCAUUUAUUCAUUAUUUUGUACUUCUUAUUGUAUUACGAAAGAUUCUGCUCAUUCUGUACCAGGAUGAGUGAUACUCCAGUUCUGGGGUCUGACAUUCAUAGGACAGUAAAUGAACUUUUCCACCAGGGACCCCCUACAUUGUAACUUUAGGCUGGCCUAAUCUGCAGCGAUGUCCAUGAGUGCACAGGACACUGAAACCUUCACAAGUCCUUACAGAAUGGCCAGCAACAGUGGACUGUAUGGCACAAAGCUGUCACUUGGAUGUGUUAUGUUUGUAAGAACACCUUAUACUGUGUGCUAACACGUGAAAGGUGUGUAUUUUGUGGGAUGUAGCAGUGCAAAGGCUGGCUUUUGAACUUUAUCAGUAUUUUCCUUUGAAGCAAAAGUGUUGAAAUCUCAUGACCAGGAGUAUUAUCUUCUAAGAAUGGAGAGCGGGGCCAGAUGAUCAAGACUCGGGCACUUCACUUUGGUGUCACAACUAGUCAAAAGGAUCGCCUAGGACCAGGACAUUUUAUAAUUACUGAUGCCAACAAGCCAAGACAAACUCAAAAACUGAAGAUCUAACUGGACCAGAUCAGGACCUCAAUGUCCUCAGCACUUAUCAUGCACAAAUUAUAGUGACUACAGUAAUACCUAGCAUACAAUGAGCAUGUGGUAGAGUUAGGCAUUUGUACGUAAUUUAUGUAGCAAAGUAUUGGCAACCCAUGUGUUGUAACAUUGCAAGACAAAAAGAUCUGUCAGCAAAUCUGUUGUAUUUGGCCAGUAUCUAUCCUCUUUGUUAUUAAUUGCCUAACCCAGAACAACUUAUGAUUACUUUUACAUACAAUAACCUUUGAACGUACAGUACAACCUGGACCGCCAAUCCAGAUGUGAAUUGUCUGGACUGCAUCUCAACAAUUGUCCCCCAUUUAAUCCUUGAAUAUAUGCCAUUGAUUUUAAUCACAUGUCACUGCAACUUGAAAGGAUUCAGACUAAAUCAGAAACUUUGUUAAAAGGAGAAAAUUCAAAAUAUGAAGGGUACACACAAUUAUCUUAGUCUGUGGACCUUUGUCUUUCUUUUUGUCCAAGGUAUUCCAGUGAAAAGAGACAAAAACGAUUGAACACUAAGCUGUAAACCGUCCAUUGAUUACUGCAGCAAGUAGAAGUCUAACCUUCAACCAGGUCUGUAUAAGAACUGAGUUAUCCUCUUUGAAUGUGAAAAAUAAACACUAAAUAUAUGGGCAAGGGCCAUGUAAGAGGCCCUUAAAGGGAAUAUAGCCACUUGCCUUAGUAUACCUUAUUAGUAUUAUUUCAAGUGUUCACAUUUUAUGUACUGUUGAGUGUACAGAAAUACUGUACAGUAUAUGCAAUGAUGCCAUCCAGAAUGGGCAUGCUCCUUAUUCUCUUUUCCUUCAAUAAAGUCAUGCCUGAGAUAAUAAA